AUGUCGAAGCAAUUAGAGCAAGAAGCUCGUGAAUGGAUAGAAAAAACAUUACAAAUUUCUUUGAAUGCGAAUGAAGAUUUCUUAGAUCAAUUAAGGUCAGGAACGUUACUCUGUCGAAUUUGCAAAGAAGUACUGCAAGCUAAUAUUCGUUAUAAAGAAUCCAACAUGCCUUUUGUACAGAUGGAGAAUAUCUCGACAUUCAUCAAUUACGCUCAGCAAGUUGUGGGGGUUCCUUCGCAAGAUAUGUUUCAAACGGCAGACUUGUUUGAGCGUCGAAAUGAUGAACAAGUAUUGAGAGCGAUUCACUCGUUUUCUCGGUAUGCGGCAAAGAAAUUUCCUGGAAAAGUGCAAGGGUUGGGACCAAAAUUGGCAGAAAAAAAGCCUCGCACGUUUUCGCCUCAGCAGCAACGAGUCCUUCGAGAAGGAACUCAUAGUCUACAGGAAGUGAACGAAUUACCUUUUCUUCCAGGAGAGAUCCUACUGGAAAUAUGUAUUGAUAUUAGUACCGUUCAGAUUGCUGCUAAAAAUAAUGAGAAUGAAUAUUGUACAUAG